AAACCCAACCAAAACCCCCCAAAAUCUACUUGCAGGCUCUGAAACUAAGCGAAGCGAAGAGGAAGAAGGAUGCUAAGCUUUCAAUGCUCUCUCCACCUGCUUCAGCCUUAUUGUUCGGCGAGUUACAACAACCAAUCGAAUAUUUGCUUCCACAAUUUAGCGCCGUUUCGUGUCAGCAGCACGAUUCAGGUACCGAAGAUCCACGCGGUACGUGCGGAUUGGUCUACGAGGAGUGUGAAAGUGAGGGUAAAUGGUAUUGGUCGAGAAUUGGAAGAAGAUGGGGAAGAGUUUGAAGAAGAAGAAGAAGAAGAAGAAGAAGAGUUCACGUCGAGGAAGAGAGAAAGUUACGGAGGGAAGAAGGAAGAUAUCAAUUACGAUAAAGACCCCGAGUUCGCUGAUAUUCUGGGUGACUGUUUAGAUAACCCAGAGAAAGCUCAAAAGAAGAUGGAAGAGAGGUUGAGGAAGAAGAGGAACAAGAUUCUGCAUACCAAGACUGGCUCUGCUACUUCCAUGCAAGUCACUUUCAACAAGUUUGAGUAUUCGAAUUCAUACAUGUGGUUGGAGUUUCACAACCCUCCUCUGGAUAAAGACAUUGCCUUGAUCACUGAUGCAAUCCGUUCGUGGCAUAUCCUUGGACGACUUGGUGGAUACAACUCCAUGAAUAUGCAACUAUCGCAAGCGCCUGUGGAUGAACGGCCAAACUAUGAUGCUAUCCUUGGGGCUAAUAUCGAGCCAACCACAUUUUACAACAUCGGGGAUCUUGAGGUCCAAGACAAUGUCGCUCGCAUCUGGCUCGACAUUGGGACCUCAGAGCCGUUGAUUCUUGAUGUUCUGAUAAACGCAUUGACACAAAUCAGCUCAGACUAUGUCGGGAUCAAGAAAGUUGUGUUUGGUGGAUCUGAGUUUGAGAACUGGAAGGAGAAUUUGACGUCCGAGGAGUCUGGUUUCAGAGUCCACAAGAUUUAACAUGCUCUUUACUUUCUUUCAAAGACCCACAAAGAUGUAACUUUCUCCUUAGAUUAUUAGAACUAAAACUUAUAAAUUACAUGGUCUAUAUAGCUUGAUGUAUGCUCCCUAGUUUAUCACUGUUGUUAAAUUGCAAUCACGUUUAAUA